UUCUUCUGACCAUUAGAAUUUCACUGCCUAACAAUCUGCAUGUUGUUAUUCUAAUUCACUGGGGAUAUUGCUGUUUUAUUGGUAAGAUUCUAGGUCAUAUCAACAUGGUGGUGGAAUCAAUGGAAGAGUCUAACACCUCAUCUACAGACUUUACCUUCAUGGGGCUGUUCAACAGAAAAGAUACCUCAGGAUUUCUUUUUGCCAUUAUCACUGUCAUCUUCUUCACAGCACUGACAGCUAAUGGGAUCAUGAUCUUCUUGAUCCACACUGACUCCCGCCUCCACACCCCCAUGUAUUUCCUGCUUAGCCAUCUCUCCUUCAUUGACAUGAUGUACAUCUCCACCAUUGUGCCCAAGAUGUUGGUUGAUUAUAUCCUGGGCCAAAGGAGUAUCUCUUUUGUGGGUUGCACUGCUCAGCAUUUCCUCUACCUCACCCUCGUGGGAGCAGAAUUCUUCUUGUUGGGCCUCAUGGCCUAUGACAGGUACGUGGCCAUUUGUAAUCCUCUGAGAUACCCUGUCCUCAUGAAUCGCAGGGUUUGUUGGAUGAUCAUAGCAGGAUCUUGGUUUGGUGGCUCUUUGGAUGGCUUCCUCUUAACCCCUAUCACCAUGAGCUUUCCCUUCUGCAAUUCCCGGGAGAUUAACCAUUUCUUCUGCGAGGCACCUGCAGUCCUGAAGUUGGCAUGUGCAGACACAGCUCUCUAUGAGACAGUGAUGUAUGUGUGUUGUGUUUUGAUGCUGCUAAUUCCUUUCUCCGUGGUGAUUGCCUCCUAUGCCCGAAUCCUGACCACAGUCCAUCGCAUGAGCUCAGUGGAGGGGAGGAAGAAAGCAUUUGCCACCUGCUCAUCUCACAUGAUUGUGGUGACCUUGUUCUAUGGGGCAGCAAUGUACACGUACAUGCUGCCACACUCUUAUCACACUCCAGCCCAGGACAAAGUGCUCUCUGUGUUCUAUACCAUUCUUACACCCAUGCUGAACCCUCUUAUCUACAGUCUGAGGAACAAGGAUGUGACUGGGGCUCUGAGGAGGGCCUUAGGGAAGAUCAAGUCUCCACAAAAAGUGUCAGGGGAUACCUUCUGA